GUGCGCAGAGAAGCGUCGCGUCCGCCCGGCUCCGCCCGCACUCGCGGGGCUCUCGGGGCGAGCGGCCGCGGGACUGCGAGCUCCGGCGUCAGCACCGAGCGGGCGGCGCGCGGUCCCGCCAUGGCGGCGAACUACUCCAGCACCACCCGCAGGGAGCACACGAGGGUGGCGGCCAGCCCCGCGCCCGGCUUCCUGGAGCGGCUGGUUGGGGUCGCCGAGCUCGGGCGAGAGGGGAGCCGCAUCAGCGCCCCACCCCCGUGUCGUCCCGGCCCCUCGCGGGAGGGAGCAGAGGUGACCCUGCUGCCGCCUGUCCCUCCCGGCGGCGUCGGGGCAGAUGGCGGGCAGCUCUGGUCGCGGGCCCCCGGGUUCGGGUCGCGGCCCCGGGUUCGGGUCGCGGGCCCCGGGUUCGGGUCGCGGGCCCCCGGGUUCGGGUCGUGGGCCCGGGUCCCUGGCCCCGGCCUCGUGGCCCUGAGCCGCCCCUCCCUCCGAGCAGACACGGAGUGGAGGUCCGACAUCGUCAACAGCAGGAACUUCGACCGCGAGAUCGGCCACAAGAACCCCAGCGCGAUGGCGGUGGAGUCCUUCACGGCCACGGCCCCCUUCGUCCAGAUCGGCAGGUUCUUCCUCUCGGCAGGCCUGAUCGAGAAGGUGGACAACUUCAGGCCGCUGAGCCUGUCCAAGCUGGAGGACCCGCACGUGGACAUCGUCCGCCGGGGCGACUUCUUCUACCACAGCGAGAACCCCAAGUACCCGGAGGUGGGCGGCGAGGCCGGGCCCCGCGGGCAAGGGUCGGGCCCGGGUGGCGACCCUGGGCUCCGUGGGCGGGGCGCAGGUGGCCAUGUGCAGGUGGGCGGAGCUGCAGGUGGCCCUGUGCAGCUCUCCGGUGCCUACUCCACAAUCGCGGCGGACAGCCUGCUGCUGCUGCACCACGGGGACCUUCUCCGCGGGAGGACCUGCCUGCGCGCGGCCGGCUGGAUGGCCAUGUUCAUGGGCCUCAACCUCAUGACGCGGAUCCUCUACACGCUGGUGGACUGGUUCCCCGGCCUCCGCGACCUGGUGGACCUCGGCCUCAAGGCCUUCGCCUUCUGCGCGGCGACCUCGCUGACGCUGCUGACGGCGGCCGCGGGCUGGCUCUUCUACCGGCCGGCCUGGGCCGCGCUGCUGGCCGGGCUCGCGCUCGUGCCCGUCGUCCUCGCCCGCGCGCGCGCGCCCGCCAAGAAGCUGCAGUGACGCGGCGCGCCCCCGCGGGGCCCUAACCUUCCCCCCCCCGGGUCUCACCAUUCCCACCCCCCCUGUCCCGUCACCUCCGCCCGGGUUCCCGGUCAUCCCAGUCCCUGUCACCUCUCCCCCGGGUCACCAGUUAGGGUCCCGUCGCCUCCGCCCCGGGUCCCCGGUCAUCCCAGUCCCCGUCACCUCCCCCCCAGGUCCCCGGUUAGGGUCCCGUCACCUCCCCCCGGGUCCCAUCACCUCCCCCCCAGGUCCCCGGUUAGGGUCCCGUCACCUCCCCCUGGGUUCCGUCACCUCCCCCCGGGUCCCAGUUAUGGUCUCUGUU